CGAGCUGAUCAAGGACCCUUCCGAGCCGCUGACGGGAUGGAGGAGAAUCACGAUCAGCUCAAGGCACUCCACACAUUGGGCUCCAUCUGCAAUGAAAUCCGGAGGGAUGCCUACUAGGUGUACUUUUCCCGCAGUCAGUUCCGUUUCCAGUUUUGGCAUGAGCCUCACAGGAGAGGACAAGACCCCGAGACCAUGUUCCAGAUCCGCCGCCAACAUUUUCACCAGCAUCAACUUCUGCUCCCAGCAUCAAGUCAAGCUGGACACCACGACACCACCCCCCACAGACGUGGACUUCUUUUCCUUCCGUCAAUCCAGUCCAAGCCUCUCUCAUCUGGAACGUCCCGACUCUCCGACAUCGUCAUACUACUCGGCUGCUUUCGGCUACGACGACUCUGAUCUCGACGAGUUGACUCAACAUCUUUUCAAUCUUGACAUCGACUCAAUACCCCCAUCACAACAGUCCCCAACCAGUCCGAUGAGGUCGACCCUCAUUCCGGACCUGAGUCUGAAUCUGACGACUGUUCUUCCUAUAUCCUUUCCUCUCCGAAGCACUCCCAUACCAAGCGCGACUUCGUGGAAAAGCUGCUGGAUGCAUCAACACCUCGCACCGUACCCUACAGUCCUCCUGACUCCGAAGGACCCGGUUUCGAACACUUGCCUCAUUUCUUGUCCGAUUGCUGUUUGUCGCCAUCGAACUGGGAUUCUGAGGAUGACGGAGCCUAGAGCCCUCCUGACUCCGAAGGUCCAUGUUUCGAAACCAUGUCAUGUCGGUUCUCUCGGACUUCUACCCAUCAGAUGACGAGAUCGACUGGUUGUCAGACGCGAUCAUCAAGAGCUUGAGUCUCACC